AUGAAUACAGUUGAUCCGGGCUAUAUGAGCGCUGCACCCGAAUAUCAGCGGGAUGAUGGAUGCCCCAUUGGCUUUGAGGACGGUGCCGCAAGGGUUCUGUGGCCUAUCGCAGUUGGAAUUAAGGACGGCUCGGCAGUUUGGGGGAGAUUCCUCAAACACUUUGGAGAGGCAGAUGUCCAUACACGUAGAGGACGCGGAACCAGUUAG